GGUCUUACUAAUAAGAUAGGUAAAUGGUUACAACAUACGAUUCGAAGCUUAUUUUAAAAUUUUUCGAGAACCAUGAAUAUAGCGAUGAAAGUGGGUUCUUUUCGAACCUCGAUCGGUUGUUUACACCGCCUGAGUAUGACGCGUAAUAUAAUUUUAAGAGAAAGUCAUGUUGUGUCUUACCGUAAUGCUCCCCCGCCGCACUCGAGGGCAACAAAAGUAGGAGCUGUUACUGUUGGUGGUGCUAUGUGGUGGUGGGUAAUGUGGCACUUGUGGCAUGAACCUGAUCAUAUAACGGGCGAAUUCGACUACCCAAAUCCUUCAAAAUGGAGCAACUUUGAGCUGGGUAUUCCAAAAGAUUCUUAAAAGUAUCAGCGAAUCCGAAGAUGACAACCACGAAGACGCAAGCGGCCCGUGCCUACCUAUUCCAGCCGAAGAAGAUGAGGCGACGACGCCAAGUAUCAACGGGGGGUGAUUAUAAGCAUAAACCAACAAACUAUUGU